AUGCGUCAUCUUCUUCUCCCCCUUCUUUUCUCCUCUCUUGUCUCGGCGCAAACAGGCCAAUCGGUAUAUAAGAAACGUCUUACAGGCGAAGACCUCGAUACUGGCCAUCGCUGGGGUGUCGCCGGAACCGACUUGGGUAUUCCCUACGUGCUCGAGAACGGAGCCAUAGGCUAUCUCUUCGGCGAUACAUUCGGCACUCAAUGGCCUGAAGAUGGCCGAAACUGGCGGUCUCCCGUGAUGCUACGCUCGGCUGUUCAUCCUGGUGAGGAAACGGGUAUUAUCUUCGACAGUGCUGCAGGUGUGGGAGGUGAUGAUGGUCUGGCCCCGGAGAUCAUGCACAACGGCCACCGUGGCGAUGAUGGUGCCGGCACCUUUGAGGUAUCCGCGAUCCCUAAUGAUGGCAUUGGGUUGCCUGAGACGGGCGAGCAGAUCGUCUCCUACAUGAGUGUCCGGGACUGGUCGGGUCCUUGGAAGACUAGCUAUGCCGGGCUGGCACACUCGAAGGAUGGGAAUACCUUCACUCGGCUGGAUGUCAAGUGGCCCAACGACGAUGCCAACAGCGACCCGUUUCAGAUGUGGACGAUGCAGCGUGACGGUGACUGGGUGUAUAUCUUCUCUGUGCGCGCAGGACGCCAGCCUGGGCCUAUGAUGCUGCAGCGGGUACCUUGGGAUAAGAUGACGGACAAGACAGCGUUUCAAGGCUGGGGAUGGAAUGGAAGUGACUGGGCAUGGGGACGGCCUUGCUCGCCCAUUCUCGAGGGCAACUUUGGCGAACCAUCUGUGCGCAAAUUGAGCGAUGGUACCUGGGCAAUGGUGUAUCUCAAUCUUGACAAGCUCAACAUUGUCUCUCGCACAGCAGCCGGACCGAACAAGCAAUGGUCCGAGGAGACAGUUCAGGUGUUUUGGCAGCAAGAGCCUUCGCUAUACGGGGGUUUCAUUCAUCCCUGGUCGACGUCCAAGAAGGACGACCUCCAUCUGAUGGUGUCCAAGUGGGCAAAGGAUGAAAAGACCGGUCAUACCACUGCAUACCACAUGAGCCAGUAUGUGGGCACUCUGUAG